AUGUCGGCCAAGAUCGAAAAGACGAUUCAGCGACAGAAGGAAAGGAUUGCUGAAGGCCAGUACUAUGAAGCCCACCAACAACUCCGCGUGAUCGCAUCGCGCUACACCAAAGCUUCUGACUGGGCCUCUGCCACCGACAUCCUCUUCCGUGGCGCACAGUCUCUGCUACGAGCAGGCCAAGGCGGCUCUGGCGGCGACUUGUGCAUAUUCCUGCUCGAUGUGUUCAACAAGAGCGAGACCAAGCCCGACGCCAGCAGCAAAGGCAAGCUGCUGAGUCUCCUCCGCGCAUUCCCCGCAAACGAGCCGACAAAGAAGAAGUUCGUCGCCGAGAUGGUAGGCUGGAGCGCAAAAUACGGCGAAUACCCGGCCGGCGAUCCAGAAAUCCACCAUGUCGCUGGCAGCGCAUUUGCAGAGGAGCUCGAGCCAUACGACGCAGAGCGCCACCUCGUCCUCGGCACAAAAGACUCGGCCGAAGUGCUCGCCAACCUCGAAUUCGCCUGGUACACCGCCGACGACUCGCACACAGCGCCGCUCUACGCGGCGCGCGGCGCACUGCCCUACCUCCUCGCCGGCAAUCUGCGCGCAGCGAACAAGUUCUUCCUGCUCUUCACCUCGCGCCUGUCCAGCAAGCCCGGGCUGCAGACGCAGCAAGUCUCGACCUCAGCCUCAGACCUGCGGGUCUACCCGUCCCUCCCGCUGCUCAACUUCCUCGGCCUGUUGCUGCUGAGUGUCGAGCGCGGCGAUUCGAGUCUGUACCGCCAGCUGAAGAGCCACUACGCUGCGCACCUGAAGGAGGUGAAUUGGGACGAGGCACUGGAUCAGAUUGGCGAGAUGUACUUUGGCAUCAGGAUACCGAAGCAGGGGAACCCCAUGUUUGAUAUGCUGGGGAGCAUGUUUGGUGGGAGCAUGGGCGGUGGCGCGAAGAACCCGGCUGCUGGGAACAAGACGCUGCCGCCGACUGGGGGGUUGGACUAG